GAAAAUGGCCAAAAAGAAGAUUCUGUCAUCCAAAAUGACCUCAGUGAAUCACUUGAAGAAGAAGUUAGAGCGUUCCUCAGUGAUGAAGAGAAACUGCAUCUUUUUGAUGAUCUCACAAAAGUUAAUCCGGUGACAACUACAACAGUUCUGAAAUGUCUUCAAGCAAGAUAUACAGUAAACUUGUUUUAUACAAAUGCUGGCUGCAGCCUGGUGGCUUUAAAUCCAUUUCAGCCUAUCUCCUGCCUCUAUUCACCUGAGCUUAUGAGAGAGUACCAUGUUGCACUUCGUCCUCAGGAUUUAAAACCUCACAUCUUUGCAGUGGCUGAACAAACCUACAGAAAUGUCCAAAGCCAGAUAGACCCCGUAAACCAGUCUAUAAUUGUUAGUGGAGAAAGUGGUGCUGGGAAGACCUGGACAUCUCGCUGCCUUAUGAAAUUCUAUGCUUCUGUUGCUGCUUCAGUUCUCUCUCCUAAAGGCAAUGAAACUGUGGAAAGGAUAGAGAAGAGAGUGUUGGAUUCCAACCCUGUCAUGGAAGCAUUUGGAAAUGCCUGUACCCUGCGGAAUAACAACAGUAGCCGUUUUGGAAAAUAUAUCCAGCUUCAGUUAGACAGAUUCCACCAUCUGAGUAGCGCUUCCAUUCAGACUUUCCUUUUGGAGAAGACCAGAGUUGCCUAUCAGGCCCCCAAUGAAAGAAACUUUCAUAUUUUUUAUCAGAUCACAAAAGGUGCCACUGCAGAGGAGAGGCUGGAAUGGAACCUUCCAGAAGGGGCUGAUUACCGCUGGUUGCCGAAUGCUGAAAGAAACUUAGACGAGGACUGCUUCGCGGUGACCAGAGAUGCAAUGUUUCACUUGGGCAUUGACCGCUCCACGCAGAACAAUAUUUUCAAGGUAUUGUCAGGCCUUCUCCAUCUUGGGAACGUUCAAUUCUCUAAUCCAGUGGAUGAAUCUCAGCCUUGCGAAGUAGAAGAUAAAACCAAAGAUUUUGUGAAGACUGCUGGAGAUUUGCUGAAGAUACCUGUCGAGGAACUACUGGAAUCAUUAAGAAUUCGAACAAUAACUGCUGGAAAACAACAACAAGUCUUCAAGAAGCCAUGCUCCAGAGCUGAAUGUGAGACUAGGAGGGACUGCCUCGCCAAAGUCAUUUACGCUAAAUUGUUUGAAUGGCUCGUUUUGGUCAUCAAUGAAAGCAUCUAUGCAGAUCCAUCGGUGUGGACCAGCUUCAUAGGAUUGUUGGAUGUUUACGGUUUUGAAGCCUUCCCUGAAAACAACUUGGAACAGCUGUGUAUUAACUAUGCCAACGAGAAGCUGCAGCAGCACUUUGUAGCACACUAUCUGAAGGCACAACAGGAAGAAUAUGCAGCUGAAGGCCUGCAGUGGUCUUUCAUAAACUACCAGGACAACCAGAACUGCCUUGAUCUGAUAGAGGGCAAUCCUCUCAGCAUUUUUUCUUUGCUGAAUGAGGAGUGCCGUCUGAACCGAUCCUCUAACACUGACCUGUUUCAAACUCGGAUUGAGAAAGCCUUGUCUAAUAAUCAAUGUUUAAGUCGAAACAAGUUUAGUAAGAAGCCUAACUUUAUCAUUUCACAUUAUGCUGGCAAAGUCUGCUAUCAGCUGGCAGCAAUGGCGGAGAAAAACAAGGACCCCAUUCCACCAGAGCUGGUCUAUGUUUUGCAGAAUUCUAAGGACUCUUUGCUUCAAAAAUUAUUUCCUCUGACAGAAAGGAACCAAAAUAACAUCAAAACCCAGAACAGAGCAGCUGUUGUUACAGUGGUCUCAAAGUUCAAGGGUUCACUUGAACAUCUCAUGCAGAUUUUGAAUAGUACCACACCACAUUACAUCCGAUGCAUCAAGCCUAAUGCUGACUGCAAGGCAAUGACUUUUAAAAGAGAAGAGGUUCUCAGCCAGCUUCAGGCCUGUGGAAUCGUCGAAGCCAUCACCAUCAGCGCAGCGGGCUUCCCUGUUAGGAUCCCUUUCCAAAGUUUCACCGAGCGCUAUGAAAUAUUGCGAAAAUCACGUGGGUCCAGUAAAAACAGAGUGCGUGAUAAAAGCAACCACCACACUGCCAAGAAAAAAGGCGAGAUUGUAGGGGUGGAUGAUGACAAAGCAUCGCGUGCUGUUGUUUUUGAGAUCCUUCAGAACAUUGUUACAGGACAAACUACUGCUAAGCAAACAGGGAACGGAGCAGAAAAGCCUUCAGUGUACUGUGGCAAAACCAAAGUAUUUCUGGCCAAUUCUGUGCUGGAGCAACUUGAAGCUAGAAGAGCAGAGGUGUUAAACGAGAAAGCAUUUUGCAUUCAGUGUUGCUGGAGAAGAUUUAAACAGAAGAAACUCGCGAAGGAGAGAUGGUCUGCAACUGUCAUCCAAGCAGCUGUUCGUUCCUGGUUAGCCAAGAAGCACUUCCAAAGGAUGCGCAGGGCUGCUAACAUUAUUAAGCACAGCUGGAGGAAAUGGAAAGCAAAAAUGGCUGUGUUAGCAGCAGCAGAAUUGGAUGAGGGCGAAGAAAAGGUGUUCUCAGUUCCUGGAGCUACGGUGAUCUCAGCCAAACCACCUUGCUCUUUGGAAAGAACUUGGCCUCCGCAUGCAAUAAUUCAGUUCUGGCCUCUUGGCCUGGUCCUGGCAGCUGCACCUGUUACGGUAACGGGACUUCGGAGGGACCUGGCCCUGCUGGCAUGCCUCAGAGUGCUCCAGGAGAGCGACUGCUACAAGGUGGAAAGCUGUUUCUUUGGCUGCGGCAUCACUUCCAUUAGAGCUCUCCCACAGGGCUCUGUCAAGUUCCACUGUAAGAAGUCUCCACUGCAUUAUGCAAACGUCAGCCCCCACACGGAUGCCUACUCUAUCACUGGAUUUAACCAAAUUUUAUUGGACAGAAAAAAACUCCUUCCAACAUAG